UCUCUUGCCACGUGUUUGUUGCAGUUAGCUAUUAACUUUAUCUUGUGCUUUCAUCUUGGCUCCUGCAUUUAAUCUGUACAAAUCUCUUCCAGUUUUCAUUUCUUGACAUUUUUCUUUCUCAUCCUUCGUCUAGAUCGUCUCUACUGUUUGCGUAUAAAUUGCAAUGGCAUUUUUUACCAAUCAAGCAGCGUCAUCUUCCUCUUCCUCUUUCACCCGUCACCAGUACGAUGUCUUCUUGAGUUUUAGAGGCGAAGAUACCCGCGUUGGUUUUACAAGUCACUUGUAUCAAGCCUUGUGUCAAGAAGGUCUUAACACUUUUAUUGAUAAUGACCUCCAUAGGGGAGAAGAAAUUCCUGCAGAACUUCUUAAAGUCAUUGAGGACUCAACAAUUUUGAUAAUCGUAUUUUCUAAAAACUACGCAUUUUCUAGCUGGUGCUUGGAUGAACUUGUCAAGAUUAUUGAGUGCCUGAAGAAUGAUCAGGUGGUGUUACCAAUUUUUUACAAAGUGGAUCCAUCAGAAGUACGACAACAAAAAGGAAAGUUCGGGGAAGCAUUGACUAAACAUGAAAUAAAAUUCAGGGAUAUCAAAAAGGUGCAAAGAUGGAAGAAUGCUCUGAAAGAAGCAGGCAGUCUUUCUGGUUUCCAUUACAAGGAGGACGGUUGCACCGAGUACAAAUUUAUUCAAGGAAUUCUUGAAUUUAUCAGAAGAACUAUAACAAAACAGAUGCCAUUAUUUUCUGCUAAAUACCUUGUUGGAGUAGAUUCUCAUGUAGAGGCC